AUGGGGUGGUUUCUCCUGCAGGGGUUGGUUGAACAGCCGUUGGUGGGAUCCAUUCGUGUUCAAAGUUUUGAUCUUCAACUUCAACGUCUUCAACCUCCACCACCACCACCACCGACCAGCUCAAUUCGCGAUCCCACCAACCGCCCUCUCGAUCCGCAAGUCAAAAUGUACCGCCCAACCCUCCGCCUCACCCUCCUCUCCCCCCUCCUCUCCCAAACGACAGCGACCCCUCUUCUCCAAGCCACCACAGCCCUCCCCUCUCGGGCAUCUAGCACAGUCACCGAACCAUCCUUCUGGCGCUCCAUGAUCCCCAAGCCCCUCCGAAAGGACAACCACCACCGCUCCCUCCCCGCCCAAAAACAACCCCCCAAAAAAGACUGGAACCCCGCCACAUUCUUCAUCUGCAUCUUCCUCUUCAUCGGCUCCAUGUCCAUCCAGCAAAUCGCCCUCCGCAAAGACUACGAAGCCUUCACCCGCCAGUCCGACGCCCGCAUCUCCCUCCUCCGCGAAGUAGUUGAAAAACUCCAAUCCGGCCAAGACGUCGACGUGGAAAAGGUCUUGGGCACAGGUGAUUCAGAACGCGAAAAAGAGUGGGAUGAAGGUUUGUUUUUUAUACCAGAGAACAGGUGA